AUGCGUAUGACUUUUCGUUUUCUCAUUUGUGCCGUUUUGGCUAUUGUUAUGCUACCCAUCAUCAUUUUUAUCUAUUUUCUUCAAGCCGGUCCAAUUUCGGCUGCUAUUAGCACAGGUACAUUUUACUUUCACUCGAAUUCAGUAUCUGAACAACUAUUUUCAGAGCACGAACGAGCAUAUGGUGUAAUUUGUGAUGCGGGUUCAACGGGUACCCGUGUUUUUGUUUAUAGUUGGAUCAGCACUUCAGACAAUCGAUUGAUUGAAAUUGAACCAGUUAUGUAUGAGCAAAAACCAGUUAUGCGAAAAAUCAGCCCAGGAUUGAGCACGUUUGGAACAAAACCUGACCAAGCUGCCGAAUAUAUCAAACCUUUGAUGGAUCUUGCGGAACAACAUAUUCCUGAAGACAAAUUGCCAUUUACACCGGUUUUUAUUUUCGCAACUGCUGGAAUGAGACUUCUACCUGAUGAGUAAGUUUUUUGUUGGAAUUAAUUUUUAUAUGUGAUUCUAUUUUACAGGCAGAAAGAAGCAGUUUUGACAAACUUGCAAACCAAAUUACCAGCGAUGACAAAAAUGCAAGUGAUGAAAGAACAUAUUCGAGUUAUUGAGGGAAAAUGGGAGGGAAUUUAUAGUUGGAUAGCUGUCAAUUAUGCUUUAGGUAUGUUUUUUGAUGAGCUAAAAGGCUAAUUUAAUUUCCAACCAAAGGAAAGUGAUGUAGAUCUUUGAAAAAUUGAUACGUCAUUUUGAAUUGUAAAUCCGAUUACUCAAAAACUAUGAUGGUUUUAUAUUUUGAAAAAAAAACUGAAAAUAUUGGGGACCGUAUUUGCAUAUUGUGAUGACUGAAACAUCUUGUUCAUAGAAUUUUAGAAGUCCAAUUGUAGAUCUCAGAAAAACACUAGAGAAUUUCAUAUCACAAGAUUUUAACGGAAACUAUUGAAAAUCUUUAUUUUUCCAGGAAAAUUCAACAAAACUACACCAGAGCAAGUCACAUUUCCGGGACAAAAUGGUAUCACAAUUUCGCCGCGUCAAAAAACUGUGGGAAUGAUUGAUAUGGGUGGAGCAAGUAUGCAAAUUGCUUUCGAACUCGAUCAAACUGAAAGUUUUCGAAGUAGUAGUGUUGAAAAUGUGAGCAUUUUUCUGAUGUUUGCUUUUCUAAUCAUUCAUUUUUAGAUUAAUCUUGGAUGUCGCGAAGAUGAUAGUUCUUUCAAGUACAAGUUGUUUGUGACCACAUUUUUGGGAUAUGGUGUAAAUGAGGGAAAUCGGAAAUAUGAGACAAAACUUGAGAGAAAGUUGAAAGAUCAAAAUGGAACAGUUAUUCAAGAUGAUUGUUUACCUCUCAAUUUUCAUAAGACUGUGAAAUUGGAGAAUGGUGAUAAUUUUGUGCGAAGGGUAAUUUAUCAUAUCAUUGUAUUUUAUUAAAAAUAUUCAAUUUUCAGGGUACUGGAAACUGGAAUGAAUGUGUGAAAGAAGUGAGCACAUUAUUAGAUCCUGAGCAAAAAUCAGAGCUCUGCACACGACCAGAAAUAUCGAAAUGCUAUUUCGGAGCUGUUCCUGCUCCAAACAUUCCAUUGUCAAAUGUUGAAUUGUAUGGAUUUUCUGAAUAUUGGUAUUCUACACACGAUGUUUUGGGAUUAGGUGGUCAAUAUAAUGCAACAAUGAUUGCGAAGAAAUCGAAUCAAUUUUGUGGUCAACGUUGGUCAACAAUUCAGGCAUCUGCCAAGAAAUCGUUGUAUCCGAGAGCAGAUGAAGAACGCUUGCAAUCGCAGUGUUUCAAAUCAGCUUGGGUUUCGUCUGUGCUUCACGAUGGUUUCGCUGUUGAUAAGCAACACAAUAAUUUCCAGGUGGGUAACUUUUUUCUGAAGAAAAUACAGAACAGCUUUGGUCAAACAAAUUUGAAGUGAAUAAAAAAUCUGUUUUUCAGAGUGUCUCAACAAUCGCUGGUCAAGAAGUUCAAUGGGCCCUCGGCGCAAUGAUUUAUCACAUGAGAUUCUUUCCACUCCGCGACAGCUCUCGCAAUCUAACCGUCAAGAAAACCCAUUCUGCAGCUGAAUCUGUUUAUGUACCUCUAUUUUUAUUGAUUGGAAUAUUUGCUCUAUUCGUUAUAAUUUUCACCAAAGAACAUUCACUGCUAUGUUUCAGCAAUGAAAAACGACGAGGUUUAUCACGCACAUCAUAUUCUUAUAAGCUUCUGAAGGAGAAUCGCACGUCAUCUUCAUUUUUAGAAAGUCUUGCCUAA